AUGAAGCAGACGUCGUUCGCAUGGCGACUUCUGCUGCUCCUGUGCUCUCUCCGUCGCGCACAGGGCGUCGUACCCACUGGCAGUCUGUCGAUCCGUCUACCGCCUUCUUCACCGCACGCGUCUUCUCCUCUUGUCCAGCACUUUUUCAGCUCCCCCAGCGCCACGGCCGGUUGGGGCCGCGCCCUUUUCGCGCGGUCCAAAGCCCACGACCAGUCACUACUGCAGUUACCCGCCGGCAAUCGUGACGGGUGUGCACCACACGACACAGCCACGCGCACUACUGCAUCUGCUACUACGAACGCUCUGGUCGUAGUCGAUCGGGGCAACUGUUCGUUCGUUGCAAAGGCACUGAGGGCUCAAGCCGCUGGAGCUUCGGGCGUGAUCAUCCGAGGCACGAAACGCGCUGUGUUUGAAGCCAUCGCGUGUCGCAAUGGGUCCGACUUGUGUGCUACUGACGUGAUGUCAAGCGGAGACGAGACUGAAGACCGCAUGGCUCGAGCGACAAGUGGUGCAACGGUCGACAAGCCCGUGUUCGAGUACGACUGUAGUCGUGGUCAAGCGUUUGUGGACAAACUGGCUACUCCUGUGUGGCUCACUGAUGCCGACGAGUGCAGUAGCAAUCACAGGUGCCCGUCGCGGUCGUGUGUACUCACGGGACAUGCAAACGGCACGAGGCAUCAGGUCUGCUGCAUGUGGGACACGUUUGUGCUCAUGGGCGCGGCGAAUCGAACAGUAGCCAAAGCGGUGACUCUUCCAGUGGUGUACCUGACGAUCGCUGAUGGAAACAAGUUGCAGGCGGUGAUGGACAAAUACUCUGCGUCGUCACUCGUGGCACGCACCUAUCGACGGGAACUGCCGAUAAUCGACGUCUCGUCGAUGUUGUUGUGGGCGCUGGGCGUAGCAACCGCAAUCGGAGCAGCGUAUCAUUCGGCUAGGGUGGUACCGAGUCACGAUGACGGUCGUGCACCAUAUGACCACCAUGGGCUGCACAUGGAAGAGGAAAGCUGCGAGGAGGAAGGCCGUGGCGUAUGGGAACUUGAUGUUCGACAUGCAGUGGGAUUCAUCAUCUCGGCUGGAGUGAUUUUGACGGUGUUCUACUAUGUAAAGAUUGCCGGUGCUAUCCCUGUGCUUUUCGCGGUGUCUGCUACAGCUUCGAUGGCGCAGGUGGUAACAACGCCUGCAUUGGAAAAGUGGAUGCCGAGCUUGGCUGCUCGUGAGGUCGCGUUGUCUCAUUGUAUUGGCGGCACCGCUCGCUUAUCUGAGCUUCUUGGACUUUUGCCGAGUUGCGCGCUUGCGAUUGUGUGGUAUCUGCACCGACGUGACUACUGGAUCUUGCAAGAUUUCAUGGGCAUCUGCCUUUGCUUUGUGUUUCUGCAAUCGGUGCAGUUGCCAACCCUCAAAGUUGCUACGGUGUUCCUUACGCUUGGCUUCUUCUACGACGUGUUCUUCGUGUUCCUGUCGCCCAUUGUGUUCGGCUCCAGCGUUAUGGAAGACGUGGCCACCGGAGGACCAGCCGCGUACACGAAAGACGGCUACCCAGGCGUUGACUUCUGCGAGAGGUAUCCCCACUAUCAAGCCUGUGUCGAUCCCGAGCCAAUGCCAAUGCUUCUUAUGAUACCGCGCAUGCUCAAUUGGGCUGGCGGUGUCAGCAUGCUCGGUCUUGGCGACAUCAUUUUGCCAGGCAUGCUCCUUUCGUUUGCGCUGCGAUUCGAUGACGCUCAGAAAACGACAAGCUACUUCCGUUUACUGGCUGUUGGCUACGCCAUCGGCCUCGCGCUUGCCAAUGCGGCUGUGAUGCUCACGGCAACGGGCCAACCAGCACUGAUGUACCUCGUACCGACGACUUUGGGCUCUCUCGUCAUUGCAUCAAAACGAAAUGGGCAUUUCAGCGCCAUGUGGACUACUGGUGUUGGAGUCGAUAGUAAGAGACGAGGGAGCGAAGGCUCUGGAUACCGAGCGGUCGGGUCCGAGGAACGGCUUCCCGGAGUUGCGAGUGGAGACACGCGAGACGCGGCUGGCAGAUUCAGCGAAGGAGACCACAUGCCGCUACUACGAUCGCCAAGUUCCUAG